UUGCACGUGUCUCAUCGUCUGCUUACACUUCUACUUCUGUAUGCAGAACUUGAAAGAGUUUCUUAGCUUUGCUGAAGGAGAAGUAAAGUCCUUGGCUUCCCUCUAUUCAACUGUUGGUGGAAGCGCUGAUGCAUUGGCGUUAUACUUUGGAGAAGAUCCAGCUCGUGUCCCAUUUGAGCAAGUUGUAUCCACUCUGCAAAACUUUGUUAGAAUAUUUGUGCGAUCACACGAGGAAAACUGCAAGCAAGCCGAGUUUGAGAAGAAGAGAGCACAGAAGGAAGCAGAGAAUGAAAACCUUAAGAAAAGUGUGUACAAUGAGAACUGAAACACAACUGCACACACAAAAGGAUGUCGUUGUUGUCUACUACCGUUCGACCUCCUUGAGUUGCCUUUGGCAGUCCUGGGAACCGGAAACUACAUGUUGCGGCUCCUAGUUCGGGGAUUUUAGCCAAAUAUAGAGAACUUCCCCCCAGAUAUAGUUUCAUCAUCUGACAAGACACAGCUUUGGAUUUAGUCUUUUAGAUUAGAAAAAAAAGAGGAAACUUUGGUCCUCUGGUAGGUAGGUAACAAGAAAAAAGCUGGAAUCCAGCGAUUAGGUAAUGAAGGAGAGAUGCAGAAGAAGAUUUAGCUUUGUAUUUUGAUGGGAAUAGUAUUAGAUUGACAACUUAUGCAGGAGUUUGAGUCCCUUCCUAGUUUUAAUACAGAAACAGAAAUGUAACUUCUAGUGUAUAAAUUUAGGGAGGGAUUAUAAGAUGUGUAAAUAUUGAGUGUGUGUUAUGGGUUUUUUUUUUGUGUUAUAAAAUUUACAAAAUUUGUUCUCAAUACUACUACUACUAAGACAACAAGAACCGCAAGUCCUGCAGUAAAAGAUGAAGCUACUAAAUUUUGUGCUU